UGGCAGUACUAAAAUUUUCAUAUACUCGUGUGAAAAUGUAUGUAGAAAAUAAACAUGUAAUAUUUUUGCGAUUUAUAUCUAAAUGAGAAUUAAUGUUGCAUCGAAAAGUAUUUUUGAAUGUAUCUAGAAGACUUAAUUUGUUAUUAAGGACGUAAAUAAAUCAUCGAAAAAAGAUGGAUUCACCGCCAACACUACAAGCAGUGUGCCAAGCUAUUUAUACCCUUUAUCAUAAUCCUGAUACUUCAGGAAAAGAAAAAGCUUCACGUUAUUUAGGAGAUCUGCAACGAUCUGUUUAUGCAUGGAAAAUUGCAGAUGAAUUACUUCUACAGAGAGGAGAUCUUGAAUCAUGCUAUUUUGCUGCCCAAACAAUGAGGACAAAGAUACAGUUUUCAUUCCAUGAACUACCAGUAGAAUCCCAUUCUUCAUUACGUGAUUCUUUAUUGAAUCAUAUAAGUCAUGUUACCUCAGAAACUUCACCAGUCAUUCUCACACAGUUGUGCUUGGCGUUAGCUGACCUAGCUCUGCAAAUGGUUGUAUGGAAAACUCCUGUGCAAGACGUAAUUGAAAGGUUUGGAAGCAGUGCACAACACAUUUCAACUCUAUUAGAAAUUCUUACUGUUUUGCCUGAAGAGAUAAAUAGCAGGCAUUUAAGGUUAGGUGCAAACAGAAGAGCUCAAGUCAAUGAAAAUUUUUGCCAAGUUGCUCCUCAAGUUUUACAAUUGUUGAGUUCCUGUGUACAAUCUAUGAGUCAAAAUGACUCCAAACUUUUAAAGAAAAUUUUCCGUUGUUUGGGAAGUUGGUUUACCUUAAAAGGAUUACAAACUGGUGAUCAAUCAUUACCGAUUCUUUUAAAUUGCAUUUUUCAAGUUUUGGUUAAUCCUGAUUCUCCUAAUAGCAUUCAUGAUGCUGCCAGUGAUGCUUUGUGCAGUGCUCUAGUUGUUGUCGAGGAUACUUGUAAUCAUCAAGUUCUUGCUCCAGUAUUAUUUCAAGGUGUAUAUACUCUUGUUGACGCAUACAAUAUAUCAGUUGCCCGUGAAGACACAGAUAAGUCUGUGAAUUAUUGCCGUGUGUUUACUGAGUUAGCAGAAUCUUUCCUGGAUGAAAUGGUCACUUCUCCAAAUGCAGGAUUUGGUAAUUUGCAGACAUUAGAUUUACUGUUGAUAUGUGUAGGUCAUCAUGACUUUGAAGUUGCUGAAAUAACCUUUAAUCUAUGGUAUCGAUUAUCAGAAAUGCUGUAUAAAAGGAAUGAGGAUUCGUUAAACAAUAUAUUUGAGCCUUACAUUCAGCGGUUAAUUGUUGCUCUCUGUCGACAUUGCCAGUUAGAUCCUGAUCAUGAAGGUGUUCCUGAAGAAGGAGAUGAUUUCAGUGAAUUUCGAAGACGGGUAUCUGAUCUAAUCAAAGAUGUUGUCUUUAUAAUUGGCUCUUCAAAAUGUUUCCAACAGAUGUUUGAGAAUUUACGUUGUCAAGGGAAUCUAGCUACAUGGGAUACAACAGAAGCAUCGUUGUUUAUUAUGGGUGCUGUUGCCAAAAGUAUUAUCCCAGAAGAAAACAGAAUUGUUCCUCAAACAGUAGAAGCCAUAUUAAACUUGCCUGAAACUUCUCACUUGGCUGUUCGUUAUACAAGUACCUACCUUUUAGGAGAAUUAUGUGAUUGGAUAGAAAAACAUCCUCAGUAUCUUGAUCCUACAUUGAAUUUUUUGCUUUCUUGUCUUCAAAAGAAGCCAUUAUCAACUGUAGCAGCUACGGCUUUGCAGAAUAUUUGUUCCACUUGCAAAAAACAAAUGGCUGCACAUUUUAAUGGUUUGCUGCAAAUAAUUCAAGCUCUUGAUACGUUUUCUAUUUCCAAUGAGGCAGCUGUUGGUCUUUUGAGAGGUUUGUUU